UUCUCAAAUCUAUGCGGCACUGUAUAUAGGCAGGGAAACAUCAUCUUCACACCAGAUGGAAACUCCGUUCUCAGUCCGGUCGGGAACCGUGUAUCGGUGUUUGACCUUGUCAACAACAAGUCGCGCACUUUUCCCUUCGAGAACCGCAAGAACAUAGCUGCAAUCGCGCUCAGCCCGGAUAGCAAUGUCCUGGUGAGUGUGGACGAAGAUGGCCGAGCGCUCCUCGUCAACUUCCGACGAGGUGUUGUCAUGCACCAUUUCAACUUCCACAAGCCCGUGAAGGCCAUCAAGUUCUCGCCCGACGGCAAGUACAUUGCAGUAACGCACGACUCGCACGUCCAAGUCUGGCGUACUCCGAACCAUCUGAUCCGGGAAUUUGCACCGUUCGAUCUGCAUCGGACAUACACCGGACACCACGAUGAGGUAGUCAGCAUAGAGUGGUCUCCGGACUCGAAGUGCUUCAUCACUACCUCGCGGGACAUGACUGCACGGUUGUUCACGUUGAACCCUGUGGAUGGGUUUCGACCGAAGACGUUCGCAGGGCAUCGGGACAUCGUGAUCAAUGCAUACUUCUCUGGAGACUCCAAGACGGCAAGUAUUUACACCGUCAGUCGGGACGGUGCCGUCUUCACCUGGAGAGCAAAGCCCUCCGAAGCAGGGUCAGAUAGCGACGACUCCGAACCAGUCGCCUCCACCUCUGCCAUAGCAGAUUCGAUCGCACACACCCGAUGGGGUGUGCACAAGCGCAAUUACUUCCACCAGCCAGGCACGCGCGUCGUCUGCAGUACCUUCCAUCGUCCCUCGGGCCUCCUGAUCAUCGGCUUCUCUACUGGCGUAUUCGGGUUAUGGGAGAUGCCCUCGUUCUCCAACCUCCACACACUGAGCAUCUCGCAAGAGAAGAUCUCGUCGGUCGCGGUCAACGCGUCCGGCGAGUGGCUAGCGUUCGGCGCCGCGAGGCUCGGACAGUUGCUCGUGUGGGAGUGGCAGAGCCAGAGCUAUGUUCUGAAGCAACAAGGCCACUUCUCGACGAUGAACACGGUCGCGUACGCACCGGACGGCGUCAACCUCGCGACCGGAGGCGAGGACGGCAAGGUCAAGGUGUGGAACAGCACGUCGGGCUUCUGCUUCGUGACCUUCUCCGAGCACUCAGCGCCCAUAUCCUCUGUCGAGUUCGCGAAACAGGGCCAGGUGUUGUUCUCUGCGUCGCUGGAUGGGACUGUGCGUGCCGCAGACCUGAUACGGUAUCGCGUCUUUAGAACGUUCACAUCACCAACACCAGCCCAAUUUGCAUCCCUCGCUGUUGACCCUAGUGGAGAGGCAGUCGCUGCCGGGUCGCAAGACAACUUCGAGAUCUGUUUGUGGAGCGUCCAGACGGGCAAACUGCUCGACGUCCUCGCAGGCCACACCGCACCCGUAUGCGCCCUCGCCUUCUCUCCCACUGGAAACCUGCUCGCAAGUGGAUCGUGGGACCGCACUGUGCGCCUGUGGAACGUCUUCGGGCGCAGCCGCGCAGUCGAGCCUUUCCAACUCUCGUCCGACGUCCUUUCUGUCGCCUUCCGCCCGGACGGAAACGAACUCGCUGUGACGACGCUCGACGGGCAGCUCGUGUUCUUCGACGUCACCGAGGGUCGUCAAACCAGCAUCAUCGACACAAGACGGGACGCCGCGCCCGGCCGGAAACUAGGCGACCUAACGGCUGCGCCCGGGGGCGGCUCGCACUCGAGUAUAUGCUACACUGCCGACGGGCGAUGCGUACUUGCCGGCGGGCGGAGUCCCUACGUCGCGCUGUACGACGUGCGCGCGGGGGUGCUGCUCAAGCGCUUCAAGACCUCGGAGAAUCUAAAGCUCGACGGGACGCAGGACAUGCUCGACAGCAGGAGAGUCACCGAGGCAGGGAACAUCGACCUGAUAGAUACGCGCGGGGACGACAGCGACGUGGAGGAGCGCCGUCAGCGGGACGACGAGCUGCCUGGCGCGAAGCGCGCGGACCUCGCGCGGCGGCGGGUGCGCGAGGAGGUGCGCACGACAUGCGUGCGGUUCGCACCCACUGGGCGCGCGUGGGCGGCGUCGACGACAGAGGGCCUCCUCAUCUACUCGCUCGACGAGACCGCCGCGUUUGACCCGGUAGACCUGGCGAUCGACGUCACGCCGCAGAGCGUGCUGGAGCUCCUGGCGAAGCGGUCGUGGCUGCCUGCCCUGAUCACGGCGUUCAGGCUGAACGAGCGCGCGCUGGUGCAUAGGGUGUUCUCGGCGGUACCGAGGGACGAUAUCAGGCUGGUGGUGAGGGGCGUCCCGCAGGUGUACGUCGGCGCGCUGGUGCGGUGCGUCGCGGAGGCGCUUGAGGGCAGCCCAAGGGUCGAAUUCGUGAUGGUCUGGGUGAAGGCGGUUUUGAGCACGCAUGGGCGGUAUUUGCGCGACCGUGCGGGCGAGAACGCUAGUGUGCUGCGGGCGCUGCAGAAGGCACUGGGAGAGUUCGAGAAUCUGAUAGUGAAAAUGUGCGAGGAGAAUAAUGCUACACUGGCAUUCCUCGUGGAUCAGAUGAAACUCAAGCAGACCAUUGCCGACCACGAUAGCGCCGAUGUCGUCAUGAUGCAAGAGGCAUAG